AUUUAUUUAUUUAUUUCCACAAAUUCAUUUCACAAGUAUGACGUGAAUGGCUGCCCUGGUUCCAGUCCUGAGCAAUACCAGGGACAAAACAGUGACCGAGACAACAGGGAGCUUACAGAUCUGUGGUGUUGUCAUCAAUAGUGACAGCACAGAGCAGUCGGGGCUAGGAUGAGGGAAGUGUAGGUGGAGUGGUUAGAACUGGGAUGGGAGCCAGGAGACCCACAGAAGUGGGGGCAGUGUCCGGGAGGGAGGAGUUAUGGAGCAAGAGUCCUGAAGGAUGCAUAAGAAUUUGCUAGGCCAAGAAGACGAAGGAUAGUCUGGGCAAAGCAAAGAGGUCAUGCUAAAGCUUAGAGGCAAGAGGGAGAAGUGUGAGGAGCCUCGACUGUUUGAGGAACUCCCUCCUCCUCCCCAGGGGAGAGUGAAAGCCCUAUGUUGGAAUCCUGCUCUGAAUUAAACUGUGGACAAGUGGUUUGCCACUGUAGGCCUCAGUUUCUUCUGUGAAGGAGGUGAUAACAGUAUCAAAUGCAGUGUUGUGUGAGGAUCAGUACAAUUCAUAAUAUGCAGAAUGUGCCAUGGUAGUGGGUCCUGAUACAAAGUCAGCAAUGAGUGUCCCUUCAAAUGCCCCCAAACUGACCCUACAGCCCUAUGAGAGUUUGUUUUUGUUGGUCCUCUGAGCGUUCUACUGGUUCUUGGGCUGCCUCCCAGCAGCAGGCUAAUUCCCCAAGGCUGGGACCACAUCUGGUGGUCUCUGCUGCUCCCCGCUCUAGGCAGCACAUGGAUUAUUCAUGGAUCACCGAUGCGUAUUCAGAGUUCACUCUGGGCCAGAUAUAGUUUUGGGGUCUGGGGACACAGUGGCAACCAGGACCUCCUGAAGGUCUGGAGCAGACAAUGACCAAAUUGAAUAAGUGAUCAGGUACCACCCCCCACUCUGGCCGGAGCACGCCAAGCAGCUCACCAUCUCUCCGUAAGCGGCUGCAGCUCUUGCCCCCAAGCCGACCCCCACCUGAGCCAGAACCAGGCACCAUGGUGGAGAAGGGGUCAGAUAGCUCCUCAGAGAAGGGCGGGGUGCCGGGAACACCCCACACCCAGACCCUGGGUGGCCGGAACUUCAUCCGCAACAGCAAGAAGAUGCAGAGCUGGUACAGUAUGCUGAGCCCCACGUACAAACAGCGGAAUGAAGACUUCCGGAAACUGUUCAGCAAACUCCCUGAAGCUGAACGCCUCAUUGUGGAUUACUCCUGUGCCUUGCAGCGAGAGAUCCUCCUCCAGGGCCGCCUCUAUCUCUCUGAGAACUGGAUCUGCUUCUACAGCAACAUCUUCCGCUGGGAGACAACAAUUUCCAUCCAGUUGAAGGAAGUGACAUGCCUGAAGAAGGAAAAGACGGCCAAGCUGAUCCCCAAUGCCAUCCAGAUCUGCACAGAGAGUGAGAAGCAUUUCUUCACCUCCUUUGGAGCCCGGGACCGCUGCUUCCUGCUCCUUUUCCGCCUCUGGCAGAAUGCGCUGCUUGAAAAGACGCUGAGUCCCCGAGAGCUCUGGCACCUGGUGCAUCAAUGCUAUGGCUCAGAGCUGGGCCUCACCAGUGAGGAUGAGGACUAUGUCUGCCCCUUGCAGCUAAACGGCCUGGGGAGCCCCAAGGAAGUAGGAGAUGUGAUUGCCCUAAGUGAUAUCACUCCCUCAGGGGCAGCCAACUACAGCCAGGAGCCAAGCCCAGUGGGUUCGCGCCAUGGCCGCACCACCCCCAACCUUUCCCGAGCCAGCAGUGAUGCAGACCAUGGGGCAGAGGAGGACAAGGAGGAACAGACAGACAGACAGCCAGACGCCUCUUCUAGCCAGAUGGUGACUCCAGUGGCCGAACCCCUGAGCACAGAGCCCACCUCACCUGAAGGACCUGCUUCCCUGGGCCCCUUGGAUCUGCUGCCCAGUGAGGAGCUGUUGACAGAUACAAGUCACUCCUCCUCGUCCACAGGGGAAGAAGGUGAAGCAGCGGACCUGGCUACCCUGCAUCCUGACCUCUCCGGUCGUCUCCUCAUCAAUUCUGUCUUCCAUGUGGGUGCCGAACGGCUCCAGCAGAUGCUCUUCUCAGACUCAACGUUCCUGCAGGGCUUCCUGGAGCAGUGCAAGUUCACAGACGUGACCUUGAGCCCCUGGAGUGGGGACAGCAAGUGCCAUCAGCGCCGAGUGUUGACCUACACCAUUCCCAUCAGCAACCCACUGGGUCCCAAGAGUGCCUCAGUGGUGGAGACACAGACGCUGUUCCGGCGUGGCCUGCAGGCAGGCGGAUGUGUGGUGGAUUCGGAGGUGCUGACGCAGGGCAUCCCUUACCAGGACUACUUCUACACUGCCCACCGUUACUGCAUCCUGGGCCUUGCCCGGAACAAGGCCCGUCUUCGAGUGUCCUCUGAGAUUCGCUACCGGAAGCAGCCCUGGAGCCUCGUGAAGUCUCUCAUUGAGAAGAACUCGUGGAAUGGCAUUGAGGAUUAUUUCCACCACUUGGAGCGAGAGCUUGCCAAGGCCGAGAAGCUGUCCCUGGAGGAAGGUGGAAAGGACUCCCGGGGAUUGCUGUCAGGCCUUCGGAGGCGAAAGCGGCCCUUGAGCUGGAGGGGUCAUGGUGAUGGGCCCCAGCGCCCAGACCCUGACCCCUGCGCCCGGGCCAGCAUGCACACCUCAAGCUCCCUUAGCUCCCGUUUCUCAGAACUGACCACGGACCAGGGCCCCGGGACAGGCAUCUCCAGUGCCCUGGUGCUCAUCAGCAUUGUCCUCAUCAUCCUCAUCGCCCUCAAUGUUCUCCUCUUUUACCGCCUCUGGUCCUUGGAGAGGACAGCUCACACCUUUGAGUCCUGGCACAGUCUGGCCCUGGCCAAGGACAAGUUCCCCCAGACGGCUGCAGAGUGGGCAGAGGUCCUGGCCCUGCAGAAGCAGUUCCACAGCGUUGAGGUGCACAAGUGGAGGCAGAUCCUGCGGGCCUCGGUGGAGCUUCUGGAUGAGAUGAAGUUUUCACUGGAGAAGCUGCAUCAAGGCAUCACUGUCUCAGACCCUCCCUUCGACUCCCAGCCACAGCCGGAUGAUAGCUUCUCCUGAGGACGUCUGGCCACACAGCUGUCCCUGGAAACGGUCAGAUGGACACAACCUCGGUGACCACUGCUGGCACAGUGUGAGCACCGGCAGCCUCCUACCCACCCAUCCUGGUGGCCUGGCCUGGGGCCAUGCAGACAUGGGGACCACAGAACUGAGAUGCACUUUUGACCAGCGUGUUUAAAGUGCAGCUGCCGUCGCCUGCCCAGCCAGGGAGCUGACCUGGCCUUUGGCAGGCACCCUGCUAACUUAUUUUGUCCAGCUGGGGUUGUGGAGGGCACCUCCUGGGGUACAAGAUUCCCUCAGUCUGGGUUUAAUAUAUUGUAUUUAUUUGGGCUGACAGAGCCCCAAUAAAGGGUUGGAAAUGGC